AUGUGUACCCCAAUAAGACUAUGGCAAAUACCCAAAACUAAAGGAGAUUCAUAUUCAGCGGCAUACGAAGAUCCUGAGGAUCACCACAAUUAUAGUAAAGGACAAGGGAAAACUAUUCAUUCAUUGAAAGGCCAUUACAAAGAAGAAGCACAUAGGCUGAUGAAAUGUGGUAGCGUCGAUAAAAAGGAAAAACACAUUCACGUAACCGACAAAACUCCACAAACAGAAGUCAACGUGGCAACGACUCAAAUCGAAAAUUCAAGCACCAAUGAAAUCCUUACAACAACAGAAAACCUAAGGCAAGACCCAACAACAACUGCAAACGCAGUAGAAACUGAAGAAUCAAAGACCGGGCAAAAAUCAAGUAAUGAAACAAAAGAAACAACGAUAACACCUGAAUAUUUUGUAACACUUUUCUUACCAGCUUCUGAAAAACUAGGAGUAAUAAAUGAUACCAGUCUAAAUGACAUUAGGACGCCAGAACUAAAUAUGGAAUAUUUGCCAGAAACUCUGUUACAUUUACGACGUGCACUUGAAGAAGAGCCUAUUAAUAACAUCAAUAAUGAAACAAGCAGCCAUUCUGCUGCACAAGAUAACCAUGACACCAUACUUGACAGCACACAUAAGAAUUUUGAAUUUGAAACACUUAUAAUAAAAAAUGAAGCUGAGAGAAAAAUAUCAAAUAGACCUCACCAGUUCUUGGAUCAAAACAAGGAUGCCGAUUCCAAUGAAGAAAAUGAUGGUAUAACAAUGCCUUCAAACUUGAAUGAUGAACAAUUUCCAAUAAACUAUAACAACCCUUUUGCGGAUCAACCGCCGAUGAGAUACGCGGCACCGAUAAAUCCAAAUGUAUUAAAUGUACAGGGUAAUAAUUCAAAUAAUUUAAGCCAAUCUAAUCCUAUAUCCAAUAAUCCAAUUGAGGACUCAUUAGCCGUAGAUGGUAAAACUUUUAACUCGAGUGAAAACAAAGCUUCUAACAGAAUAGCAGAAAUUAAUGAGUCUGAUAUAGACUUUCCAUUCAACGACCCACAUAUUACCGUUGAAGAUUUAAACAGACUAGCAAGUCAUCCAACUAAAGGUUUUGGUGUUUCAGAAAUAUAUAAAUCGAAUUUUAUGUUGAUUGAACAUCCCCGGGUAUGUUUUGCUUGUAGCAGCACUAAUAAUCCAUCAUGCUGGUUACCAGAUAUGAGCACACCAGCGAAAUACUGUCGCGGAGACCAAGACGCUUGUGUGACGAAAACUUACCAACACAGAGGUUACGCCUUCGUCGUCCGUGAUUGCGCCGCCUCUUGUGUAAACAGGGAUUUGUCAGAAAUCGGCUUACUUUACAAGACAUGCACAAUUUGCCACUCCGAUCUAUGUAACGGCGCUAAUUUCACUUCAUUUUCUUUGAAAACAAUUAUCUUACUUCUAAUUUCAAUCUGGUUUAAGUACAAAUAG